AUGUCUACUUCAGAAAGCGACCUUCUCGAAGAGGACCGGAAAUUGCGAGUACAAAUCAACGAGAAAGAUUUGCUAUGCAUUAAUGGAUGCGGCUUUUACGGGACACCCCAAUGGGGAAAUCGCUGUUCGAAGUGCUGGCGGGCUCAUCAAAUUGCCGAGAAACGCAACAUCGAUUAUGCUCGGAAUCGGACGCUUCUCGCGUUUGAUCGAUUUGAGGAGAAGAGGAAGCUAUCUUCGGAUAGUCGAAGCCUCACGCUUCGGAAUAUCAUCAAGAAAUCACCCUCGAUGUUCACUUCUUCCGAAUCGACAAGCGAGUUGCGGGCAUCACCUAAUGGAACACCAUCAAGGCAUGGUCGAGCUCUUUCUCCGGAUUCUUCUUCUGCCCGAGUUGCCUUCACGGAUUGGCUUGUCGGAAAUGUUCCCACGCCAGUCGUGCAAGAAGUUACGAAGAUGACGAAAUUUGCUGAGCAUAAAAUACAUGAGUUUGACAUUGCUGCUGAUGAUAUGUCGGAAUUGGUUCAAAAUUUCUAUCAACACCUCAACGAUCGUCUAAAUCACAACAAGUUUUUUCAAAAUCAAGAGUCGGUGGAAGUACAAAGUGUGAUGGAAGAAGUAGAGCGAUAUCUUUCGGUAGUGACGUACAAUCGACUAUUCUGUCCAACAGCCGACGAAGAAGUUGGUGAUCUUUCACUGCAAGAACGCAUUCGCAGUCUCAAUUGGGUGACGGCUGGUUUUUUGGAGACGAAGCUCGACUUUAAACGUGCAGCGGUUCGUGAUAGCUUGGAUGAGGCACUUACGGAAUGUCUAUCGAUCAACUCGCCACGAAAAAUCGAUGAGAAACUCGGUUGCAUAGUGCGAUGUUGCCAUCGAAUCUUCGAUGCACUUCGAAACAGUGCAGCUCCAACAUCUGCAGACGAGUUUCUGCCAGUUUUGAUUUACAUUCUGCUAAAGGGAAACCCACCAUUGUUGAUGUCCAAUGUCAAAUACAUUUCACGAUAUGCUCUUCCACAUCGUAUUAUGAGUGGCGAAUCGGGUUAUUUCUUCACAAACCUUUCCUGUGCGCUUCAAUUCGUACAAGACAUGAACCAUGACUCGCUGAAAAUGGCGCAGACCGAAUUUGAGGCUUACACUAGUGGGCAAAUUCAACCGCCGCCAUCAGCUGCCAAUUGUGGAUGUAAUCAGGCCAUCGCCUCUAUGGAACAAUCGUUGAGUCAUCUGGAAAAGCUGGAGCUAGAGCAAAAGAAACUAGCCGAUGAGAUGGAGGCUUUGGGAAAGACUGUUGCAAAAAUGGAAGAGGAGAUAGAAAGCAGCUACGGUUUCUUGGAUGAUUACCCCACAAAGGAAUUACAGGAUUUGUUGGAAAAGGUUGAUGAAGAAGAAAAAAAAACUUUUCAAGUGUGCAACCUUACCGCUCAAUUCCAGAAGAAAAAAAAUGAAGCCCCAAGCCAAGUGCCAAAUAACGACGCUGUCGAAUCUCAGGGACCAAAAGAGCAA